CCCGGGGGCGGGGCCUCCGGGCACUUCCGGGUCCGCCAUCUUGUCUCCCGCCCUGCGGCGCUGCGGGGGUGGCGCCCCGGGCCCUGCCUGGCGCCCAGCAUUCUGAAAAUAUCUGUUCCCAUGUAUAAAAAUGUCGUUAGUGGAUCUAGGGAAGAGGUUGCUAGAAGCAGCUCGCAAAGGACAGGAUGAUGAAGUGAGAACAUUGAUGGCCAACGGUGCUCCUUUCACCACUGAUUGGCUUGGAACAUCACCUCUUCAUCUUGCUGCUCAGUAUGGCCACUACUCAACAGCAGAAGUGCUGCUCCGCGCUGGUGUUAGUAGAGAUGCUCGAACCAAGGUAGACAGGACACCUCUGCAUAUGGCUGCAGCUGAUGGACACACGCACAUCGUAGAACUACUAAUUAGGAACGGUGCAGAUGUAAAUGCCAGGGACAUGCUAAAGAUGACUGCCUUGCACUGGGCAACAGAACACAACCAUCAAGAUGUUGUAGAGUUGCUGAUAAAAUAUGGAGCGGAUGUUCAUGCUUUCAGCAAGUUUGAUAAAUCAGCCUUUGAUAUAGCUCUGGACAAAAACAAUCCAGAGACUCUGGUAAUGCUGCAGGAGGCAAUGCAGAAUCGGGUAAACUCAAAUCUGGACAGAUCAAAUCCCAUCACGAGCACAGUGACUGUUACCUCACCAUUCAUCCUUACUUCAGGGGAAGUUCUCAACCUUGCCAGCCUCGUUUCUUCAGCAAACACCAAAACAACCUCAGGCGAUUCCCAUGUAUCUACAGUGCAAUUUUCAAACUCAACAACCUCAGUACUUGCUACCCUUGCUGCACUAGCUGAAGCAUCUGCACCCCUUUCCAAUUCGAACAGAGCUACAACUACCACAGAGGAGGUUGUAGAAGCAAAUUCUGUAGACUCUGCAAUACAGCAGGUGGUUGGCAGUGGAGGUCAGCGAGUCAUCACAAUAGUGACAGAUGGAGUUCCACUGAGCAAUCUCCAGGCAGCUAUUCCUACGAGUGGCAUCAACCAGCCUUUCAUAGUGACCAUGCAAGAUGGGCAGCAAGUUUUAAAUGUACCUGCUGGUCAGAUUACAGAGGAGACUGUUAUUGAAGAAGACGGUGAUGUAGAAGAGGAAGAACAACCACUAGCCAAGAAGCAAAAAGUUGAACAAGAUGCCAGUGAUUUGGAAGAAAACGAGGACAGCAGUGAAAGGGAAAUGUUACAGUUACAAUUGCAAGAAGCAAACCGGAAGGCUCAGGAAUACCGAAACCAGCUGUUCAAGAAGGAACAAGAAGCAGAGCAGUACCGGCUAAAGCUUGAAGCCAUGGCAAGGCAGCAGCCCAAUGGAGAGGAGAUCACAGUGGUCGAGGAGGUUGCCGAGGUAGAUGCUGUUGUUGUAUCAUCGGAAGAGAUGGGGGCAGCAGGCACAGUGAUGUUAGCAGAGCAACCUACUGAUGUUGCUGUGGAAACUGUAACUUCCUAACUUUCAAAUGACCUUCAUUUAAAAAAAAAAAAAAACCCACAAGAAAAAAAACAUCUAAAGAAGUUGCUGUUUGCAAGGAACAUUGUGAGCCAGGUAGCAUAAGAUCUCCACACAGUUAGAAAACUGAAGAACAGAACUGCUUGUGUGCUCCCAAUUGGAGGGAUGAGAAUCCCUCCAGCAGCUCCAUAACAUGGUUUUGCUUUCAGCACAGAACCAAAAGGUGCUUUUUCAGUCGAACCUGGAAAAAUGGCAUACUUCGUUCAUUUUAACCAGCAAGUGAUCUAAAAGCCUAUUUUGUUAUGUAGGCCUGUAAUGUUGGGGGGAGGGUGGUACCUCAUUGCCAAAGUAGCUGGUAAUAACUCUCAGCUGCCCUGAGUUUACUGCACUGAAAACAGAUUUUAUGCAAUGACCUGACAUAUUUGCACCCUUUUUUGUGUAGUUGUGUGGCUUGGGAGACAGUUUCUGGAAACGUCUGUUUUGGGGUUUUAACAAGUUGGGAUUUCAGAGGAAAGUGAACUUCAUUGCCCGAAUGGAAACACUAGUGACAGCAUCUGCAAAAAGCACCUUGAGAAAAGGAGAAAAAUAGAUCAAUCUUUGGAGUACAAAAUCCAGACUACAUUGAAACACAACCAGCACUCUUGCUAGAGGGGAAAAAAAGCACAGGCUGAGGUUGCAUGAAUUUCAGUACUUAAGUAAUUUGAUAUAUCAGGGAAUAUCAAGCCUGUCCUUUCUGGUCUGUGUUUUAGAAAGUGCUGUCUGCAUCUGAACCCUUUGCUGCCAGAGGGCAUCGCAGUUUUCUUUUCUGUUUUUUAAACACAGUUUUCUGGGACUUAGGUAUUCUGUUUAGUACUUUUGUGCUAUAUAAUGGCACCGACUUUGCUUAUAUAUGCAAAAUAAGCCUGAAAAGUGGUAUGGGUGGUAUGUACAUUAUUACUAAAUAGUACAUUUUAAAACUGAAAGCUAAAACCAAAAUCCAACAACUGACUUCUCUUUUAGCUAAGUCUUCACGGUCUCCACUUUUCUUUCCUGUACUGUUUUGCUUGGAGGCCCAGCUAGUAAAGUUGGCAAAACUUUCCAUGCGCAGAUACGUUUCUCUUGUUCCAGGAUAGAAGUAAAACUCAUUGGAAGUGUCCCAACUGUGGGAUCAGUAAUGCAGUUUUAAUUGGUGAUCGUGAGUGAAACAGGUUUAAAUUAUAAGAAUGUCACCUGAUCAAUUUGGUUGCAGGGUUUAGGAAGGGCUAACUGACCUCUUUCUCAAAAGACUGACAUGACAUAGACAGUGCUACUGGUGCCUUAAUUUUUUUUUUGUUUUAAUAUGUCUCCUUCCUUUGCAAGAUAAGGUUCAUGAACUUGAUGGUUUUUGUUGACAGAAUUUGCCAUUUGCUCCCACAUAUAAGUUAGUUGUACAUCUGUGAGGUUUGGCAAUAAGCACAUUAAUCAUUGUUAAUGUGGUUAUGUACUGAUACAGAUAGCUCCUUCAUUGCAUUUCUUUGCUAGCAGAUAUGCCCAGGGGGUGAAAGCUGAGAUGGAUAAUAGAGACUUCAUCUGUUAAGAUGAUAACUCCUCAGAUUUGAAACAUAGCUAACUCCUUAGAGGAGACUGGCUUUAAUCAUAGGAGCUUGGUAUAAAUUUGUAUGGUAGCUGUCGUUCAAGAGUGGCUAGUUCAUAAUUGGUAGCAACGAUGUUGGAGGUAAGGUCAUAAGUAGAGAUGUGGGUACCCCUGCUUGAAUUAAUUUUGUUCUCUUGCAUUCGUGAGGAUCUAAUCCAUAACAGAUGUAAAAAGCUAGUGUUUUCUAGCACAGAGGUUCCCAACCAACCGGGCUGCGGCCUGGUACUGGGCCAGGAAGGGUUGGCUGCCUGGUAGUGGCACAAGCCCGCCGCUCAGACCCCCGUCUGUCUGCCCAGGUGGGUGGCUUCUGCUGCCGGCAGUCACAUGCAGGGUUAAAACUGGGUGGCAGGGCGGCCCCGGAAGAGGCAGCCACCUCCAUGCAUCCCAUCCUGCUCCUGUGCCAGUUCACAGAAUAAAAAAGGCUGAGAACCACUGGUCUAGCAGCUAGAAUUCUGUAGCAACCUUUUCUAAAGCAUGAACUGCCACUUCUGUCUGCAUGUUCAAAGAGACUCCCAUUCCCAUGGUGCUUAUCUCGUACCUGUUCAGUAUAUUUGACUAUGCACUUUGGCCUAGAAGUUCUCCGACUACAUAUACUUUACCAAAAGCUUCCAUUUUUGCUCAUGAACCCUUUCUGGCUUCAGCUAGAUUGUGUAGCUGGAACGGAGCAGACUUUGGCAUAGCUGCAAACCCACAGAGUACUUGUAUAGUUUGUAUUUAUUUUGUACAUAGAUUUAUAGUACAAAGCUUUUUUAAGAUAUAUAUAUAUAUAUAUAUAUGUCUCAUAACAAAGUGCAGAUAAAAUAUUGUGCCUUUAGAAAUGAAGGAAGGAAAAAUUUAGCAGUGGAUUAAUAUAAAUCUCAGUUAUAAAAUGUAGUUGCCUUACUGGAAAAGGAGCAACAUGUUUCUUGAACAGAUAUUAGAUGUAAAGGUAUUGUUUCUCUUUCAUUGAAAGAGGCAGUGGUGUUAUCCAGGUCUUUGACUUAUCCAAACCAUGCCCUUGUCAGUGCAGAUGUUUGUGCCUUCCCUUGUGUUUUAGAAUCGUAGGGCUGGAAGGGAUUAUGCACAGUCCCUUACUCAGGGCAGGAUCAUCCCUGCUUAAACCAGCCAAGCGUCUGUCCAACCUGCUCUUGAAAAUUUCCAGGGAUGGAGAUGCCAUAACUUCUCUACGUUACCCAUUCCAGUGCCUGACCACCCUCAUAGUCAGAAAGUUCCUCCUUAUCUCCUACCCAAAUUUCCUUGGCUGCAGCUUGAGUCCGUUGUUCCUAGUCCUGUCCACUCCAGCCGCAGAGAAACCCAUCUCCAUCCUCUCUGUAACUGCCCUCCAGAUAUUUAAAGACUGUUACCAAAUCCCUCUCGGUUGUCUUUUCCCCAGACUAAACCCCAGCUCUUUCAGCCUUUCCUCCUAAGUCGUGUUUCCCAGGCCUAUGAUCAUUUUUGUUGCUUUUUGCUGGACUCCUGAGGUUUUGCUCGGUCCAGUGUUUUUAAACAGGGUAUCCAUUAUGUAAGCCAGCAGUGGCCAAACUCCCUAACCCUUGUAGCUAGAAACCAAAAUGUUGAUAUGGCUGAGAGCCACAGGGCGCACACCUUUCAUGAUGCUUGGCGAUCAUUGCAGCACCCCAGCUCAGAUCAGUUUGCUGAUAAUUUGUCUUUCUCCAGGAGCUCCAUUUUACUGUCAGGGAGCAGCACGCAGCUCAUGAGCCAUGGUCUGGCCACUCCUGACACCAGCUGAGAGAACCCCUUGGUUGACCUUUGCUGGUAAGGGGGUUGUGUCUGAACAAGCUCUUCAGCGUUUUUUGAGUGCAUUGAUUAGCUGCUGGAGUUAUGAGCAGGUAACAAAUGUUGCAAGUUGUGAUCAAAUGUUCUGCACUCCUUUUGAUGGAGACCAUGAGGGUAACUUUGGCCUCUUGAGGGCAAAGAGGUGCAAGUUGGUCUUUGAUGUCUUUUCUUUUUAAUUCUUGUGGAUAGCAGCAGAACAGUGAAAAUGUCCAGACUGGGAGAAUCAAGCAUCUGUCUGCAGACCACAGCUUUGGAGAGGGGGUUGGGAAAAAGACCAUACCCAUUUUGAUCUUUUAGCAGCAGUUGGCUUGAUCUGUACCAGAAACCCCAAGCAGGAUUGAGGGUGAGAUGUGAUUGGCUCUGCAGUCUGUUCCAAACCAGUGAGCUAGAAGACGGCACAAACCGAAGGUUGGCAGGGGAAAAAACCUGCCUGGGGUAGGUGAGAAUAAAUGAGGUCCAUUUGGAAGGUUAUGUUUCACUACAUCUUGAUUAUCUCCUUGGAUGUGGUGGAUGCAGCAAUUAGUAUCAAGCAAAUAGCUGAUCAUGCUGUUGCUUCUCCAGCAGCUAGAUGGAGGUUAAAGAAAAUAAGUGCUUUAUAACAGGGGUAUCAAAUAUCUGACCUGCAGAGGUGGGUGUCCUGGCAAGGGAGGCUUUUGCCGUGGUUGCCAGCAGCCAAGGAGUUAACAUUGCGACCACCACUCAACCCCCCCAAAGUGUGACCGUGGGCAGCGAUAACAAAGGCCCAGUUCAGAUUAGGGGACACGCACACAUUUUCUACCCUGACUUGAGCAAAAACCUGGGAAAAUAAACAGUACCCAGGUGUUCCCAUAGGAACAGACUUCCCCACCUGCAAGCAAUAGUCAACUCUACAGAGUUUAUCAAGUUGCAGGGAAGUGGGACAAACGGUCUUGCGGAAAACCUUAACAGUUAGUAAAGUUUAUCACCAUCAGUAUGACCAGUUCUGUCCUUGUCCCACUCCUAGCUGCUCUCCCCACCCUUUCCCUUGCGUUGCCACCGCUGCAGCAUUCACCCCUUGUGCUAGAUGUGCUGACACCACAGCCGCAGCAACAGGGGUUGAGUGGUGACAGCAUUAACUCCUUGAUUGUUGGCAUCAGCAGGUUCCACCUUUUAAUCUGCCCCCAAAAACCCCUCAAAGCCCCAGAUCAGACACUGUUUCAGUGCAGUUCUGGUUUCAAUGUUAGUGCAUUUAACCUUUUGAUUCUCCUAGGGGAAAUGGGGGGUUGUAAAAGUAAUAGUAAUCUAGCUGGGGUCAUCUAGACCCAGCAGUCUUUCCUGCCUAUGCAGGGGGUCAGACUCGAUGAUCUAUUCAGGUCCCUUCUGACCCUAACAUCUAUGAAUCUAGUCAUCCAAGCACUCUGUAGUUAUCAGUAUAUUUGAGGCGUUCUUAAACUGAACCUGAAAAUGUGAGGCCAAUAUCAUCAUUGUAACAAUGAGACAAUAUAAUGAGGCGGGAGACAGGAGCAUAAAAAUAUGAGCUAAAUCCCAGGGGCACCUUGCAAAGAAUUUACCCACCUUGCGUUAGCAAGACACAAGGCUUGGAGUGCAGCUUCCCAAAAUACAGAAGCUGUCGUAUGGAAAGGGCAGUUCAACAGCAUCAUCAGCACUAACAUGCCACAUCCAGCGGUCUCGGUGCUGUUUGAUUCAGACCUAUUUAUUAGGUGUCAUAAGGUUACAGCCUGUGUUGGUGAUCACACAAAGUCCAUGCAGGAGGACAAAUGCUCUUUUUAUUUCACGUGAUGGACUAUCGUCCUUCUUGUGAUACGCCCAUUAAACUGGCUGAGGCUGCAGAGAGGAGUUUGGCUGAGUACGUUUUAGUGAGGUUGAAACCAAUCAGUCCUUUAAAUUUCAGAACCUCUUUAGGUAUUCUUUAAAGUAUUCUCCACUUUAAAGAUGCCCUAAAUUGAUAGCGCAGUCCAAGUAAAAAUUGUGUUCAUCCGGUGUGACUUUUUUUAAAUGUGGCUAACAUUUAUAACAGUAUUUUACUGGUUUUUCACACAAACAUUUUUGGAAACUUAAAGACUCACAAAACUGCUUUCUUUGCAUUGUGAAGGCUCACGGAAGCUUUUACUAUUUGGGGUUUUUUAUGUAUCUAAGUGCAUUUAUUUAUAACCAAUGUAGCUAUAUUUAUAGAAGAAAAACAAAGACUUUUAUCUUUUCCAAAAGAUGUUUUGAGGAAGGCUUUAAUAAUGGAUAUUUUGAUGAAUGAAUGUUUUGCAGAAAUGUGUCUCCUGAUUUAUAAUGAUUUCAGUAUUCUGAAAUGAUGGUUGUCAGUGUUUCCUCUGAAUUAAAAGGAAUGCAUUAAUUUCCUUCCUUCUGUCUCGAGGAGAAAAUCUGGAUUGCAGCGGGAGGCUAAAUGAGUAAAUUUAGCCCAAACAGAAUGAUUUAGCAGGUCUGUACAAAAUGUUUACAGAGCUAAAGGGACACUGCCAACUUCAAAACUGCAUCAGCCCCAAAACGGUGCCUGUUGUAUUUACUUGUAACACCUGAGAUUACUACAGCAGAGAGAAAUUGGUAAGAGUAGUGUGUACAUUGUGCGUGCAACAGCAUUAUGCAUACAGUCACUUCUGCCGUUUCCCCUGUACAGUGUCAGUUUUGCUCAAAGGCUUCAACUAGGGAACAGAAACUCCCCUUUAAAAAAAGAUAUCUAAGACUUAAUGCUUAUGGUGCCAGCAGUAAAUGGAAUUUUUUUAAUUAUUGGUGCACUUAAGUAAAGGUGACAGUUAUAUGCUGGAGUGGGGGGGAAAACACUGAUUUUUUUUUUUUUUAAACGUUCUCCACGCAGGGUCCAAAUUAAAAUGGCAACAUGUUUGCUAAAUGCCUAGCAUUUGAAACCAAAAAUUAACUUUUUUGUACUGUCGGCUGCUGCAAUUACAGGAGGAAAGCCAGUUGUUAACUUAGGAGCAGUGUUGUUAGCGGGAUGUUCUGUGGGCUGUUUUUUAAAACAAGUAUCAGGAAAAAUGCAUGCUAAGCACAGCUUCUGCAAGCACUUAAUAAGCAAACGAGUAGCUUUAUGUGACUAGUUUUGUUGAAAUCAAAGAUGUUUGCAAGAACAAGGCGUCUAGAGUGUGUGUGCGUCUGCACAGUCUAGAUCCCACAGUUGUUUUUUAAAAUUAAGCUAUGAAGUACAAAUACAGGAUUAUACAAAGUUUAAAAAGAAAACUUUGACCUUAAGCAAUGUAUAGUGAUCUGUGCAAAACACUUAAAUCCUCCCAUGCCGCCUGCCUGAAUUUUUAACAAUUGGAGCUAAUUGGUAAGCUUUUUUUAUCUCUCUCCCUCCUGCAUUUUUGAGAGGGCAGGAAAAGUGCGACUGACUUCAUGAGAGCAAUUAGUCAGAAAACCUAUUUUUAAAUUAUUGGUUUUCCCCCUUUUAACAUUAAGUUCUGUUAGAUGGUUGAACACUACUUUAAAAGAAUCCAGAAGGGCAAAUUAAAAAAGCAGCAGCAAAUUUAGCAGUUUUAUUUUGAUCAGGCCUGGACCCAUAGUCUUGGACUCAGGUGAAUCCCAUCAAGCAGACUUCAUUGCUUGAAGGAGUCUUUAUUUGUAUUUGGGCUUACAUUUCCCUGCAUGCGCUUCACAUGAGAUUCUCCGAGUCAGUGAAUGUGAUAGGAGGCAGCAGCAACUCGGGUUUUUUGUGCUUUUUCUUUUCUGAUAAUGCUGACUUGUAAAUAGCCCGUGUUUAAAACUAAGCUUUGCCAUUCUUAUACUUAAAGGAGGAAAGUAUGUUAAGCAUGUCAUGUAAGCCAUAAAUCUCCUUUAGUCUGAAUCAUUAAAGAUUCAUUACGGAUUUUUUUUUUUAUGAUAAGCCUUGCAUAGAAAGCUGUAAAUACCCUGACGGAAAUUUGCCGCUGAUUCCAGCUCUCCUGGAAAACUGCAGACUGUUAGCAGCAUGGACUUUUUCAGGGGAGUUAUAGCGGAGUAGCUAUCUAUCCACUGCAGCUAUUCUAGGAAACGACUUCCCCCCUGCUUGACCAGCCCGUAGUCACUUAAAAUAAUGCCUUGCUGAGUGACUCCCUUUUAUUUUCUCCCCCACCUCUUAAUGCCAGCACAUUCCUGAGUCUCUCCGCAUUUGCGAGAGGAGCACUUGGAUUCUGCAGUCUUACCCCUAAUCAGAUCCAGAUACUUUCACACCAUUGAGGUCUGGCUGUGUAUUUAUCAUCUGUGAUGACAGGAUCCUAUUUCCACUUCAUUACAAAAACUCCAUUACAAAUGCAAUUAGCACUCUGAUUUAAAAAUUGAAGUGCCCGGAAUUGUAAAGGAUUCCAAAUUAGCUUUAUGUACAGGAUGCUUUUUGAAAGCCAAAGUUUUUCUUUUUAUAUUCAGGAUAAUUGGGGGGGGGGGGGGGGGGGGGGGUUAAAUGUUAAAAUGUACACAUGUAUAUACAUUUUUAUAUAUGUUUCUUAAUAAAAUGCCAAAGUCAUGUA